UACAGUUAUUUGUGAUCAAAGGAAUUACAAUUAUUUGUAAUCACGGGAAAAUGUAGAUGAUAUGUGAGGAGCGCCUAGUGAGUGCGUUGAUGUGAUCAAAACUUCCGUUUGAAAAAUGAAUACCUGGAUUAUUUUAAUGAACAUUUUCUGUUUAUCCACGUAUGUCGGUAUUUUAGCUGCAAAACUCUGCACACUACCCGGAGGAGUCUUGUUGUGCUGCCCAGGCUUUGUUUGGAACAGAAUAGAAAAUAGAUGCCUAAAAUGGAAAGGUAAUGCUUUAAUGCAUUCGGGUGAUUCUCCAACCCUAAGGGAACAAUCGACUUUUCCAAAGAGUAUAAAUGGCAUUUUGUCGACAGUUUCUUUAGAUUUACCUGAAGAUUUCACGGUUACCAGUAGUUAUUUUUCGUACAAAUGGAUUUUUGUCACAAUAGUACUACUGUGUUUUAUCAUUGUGAUCAUCAGUGGCACAGUUAUAUUUAAACAGCUUAGACGCAGACAAGAAACAGUGAGUACAGACGAUGCAAACUAUACACCCAUGCAACAAGAUGAUAUAGCUUAUGAUUACAAUUUAAUCGACGAAAAUCUUCAUCCCAAUAUUGAAAGUAGAAGAAACGGAUCAAAUCAAGUGGAAAAGUUCCCAUCCUAUACCUAAAAAGACAUUUAUAGUACUGUUUUGAACGAAAAUGACGUUCAAUGUUGUAUUACUGUUCAUCUGCUUAAUGUUGCAAAUGUGUUUCUUUAUUCUUGGACCUAGUUGUUACAAGUUUUUUUUUUCAGAAUGAAAGACUUUAUAUUAAAUGCAUUAGCAAAAUAAUUGCAUGUAAUAUUGAUAUCAACAUUCUGGGUA